AGUAUAUAAAUGGUGACGACGAUCAUUGGUCGUGCAGUGAGGUCUCCGUUGACAAGUGAGUCCACGAUAAACCAAGAAUCCAAGAUGCACUCUUUGCUCACCGCGGUUUUGUGCCUUUCCAUGGCCGUCUGUAUACUGGCAAACGACUUCGAACUCGGCGAACGCAAGAUGGGUGACCACUCCAUUAUCGACAGGACCAUCAAUAUACCUCCGAACCGAUGGAAUCCGAUGCCCACGAUAGCCACAGUCGGCAUGACGUGUCCAUCUGAUAACGAAAUCAUCACCUAUGUUAAGAUUCACAACAUAAAUGGCAAUGAAGUUGACUAUUAUCUGUACGGUGAUGUCGGUACGAAAUCCUUAGCGGUGAGGAUAACGGGAAAAAGAAACGAGAGAUUAUCGUUAAAAGUGGAAGGUUAUUGCAUAGAUCCAAACACCUCAGAGGUACCAAUAACAACGGAAUGAACAACGCGGGACUAGACAACGAUACGAGCGAGUUACGACAUGGCAAAGUACGACGUCAACUACACCUAGUGAAAAUGAGCACUAAAGAAAGAAUGAACGAUACAUGCAAUGGCAACGACAGCACUGCCGAGAACAACGACGAAAUCUGGCCCGACAAUGACAAUGACGGAGGAGUAGAGAGAGAAGUCAUUCUUUAGAAGAAUUAUUAAUUUGGACUUAAGAUUGCCGUAUACACUUAAAUUUUCAUUUAAGUGUUCUGAAUGUGUAACGAUUGCUAUGUAUACGUGACUAAAUAUAUAGAAAAAAAAUAUAAGAUGCAUCAUACGAAACGACGUGUUACUCGAUUGUAUAAUAGAUUACGAUUGUCACGGCACGGCGGGAGUGUGAGUAAAAAAUUGCCAAGAGAAAGUGCUCGCUGCCAUGAAAAACUAGCCAGUUUUUAUCAGCUAGGACUUAGUAGACAGUAAUUGCUCGGAGAUUUGCACUAAGACCACAUUAAUUAUGUUAAACGGUCAUCUCGAUAUGCGCUAUAUAAGCGAUAAAAUAGUGGGACUAAAAGAAAUGACGUGUUAUGUGCGUAAAUACAAUAACGCAGUCAGAACUAUAUCGUUGAUUCGACGUUAAUUUGACGUUGAAAUGGUCGAUAAAACGUUGAAUCAACAUUAAUUCAACCUUUAUCGACGUCGAAUCAACGUUGCAGUUCUGAUUGGGAAUUAAUGCGUCCCAUUGUCAUUGUUGUCCAAGAUACGAUAAAGGUGUGCAUGUACAUUCAUGUGCAAAGAAGAAGCGCGUCAUAGACAGAGACAAAUGAUCUUACGUAAGUUGUUGUCUCAGCGUCGGACGACAGAAACAUUUGAGCUGACAUGAUACGAUACCACAUAGAAAUAAGCGCAGGACAUUGAUAACGACAGGAUAUAAAUGCUGAUAGCAAUCAUUGGUCGUGCAGUGAGGAUCGCCAGUGAGGCGAUUAUCAGCCGAGCAGUGAGAUUUCAGUUGAUAAAUGAAUCCACGACAAACCAAGAAUUCAAGAUGCGCUCUUUGCUCACCAUGGUUUUGUGCCUUUCCAUGGCCGUCUGCAUAUUAGUAAACGAUUAUGUGCUUGGUGAACGAAAACAGGCGACCACUCCGUCACCGAUUUUCCGGAAUUGCUCUGUGAUCUUUUCUUCGCAGAGGCAAGCAGCCUAUUCGAUUUUGAUCGAAUACAGGAGGAAGAAAUGUAUUCCUCGUGUUAAUGCAUAUGUAUCGUGCGUGGCGAAACCGAAAUUCAUCUUUAACGCUUGUAUACCGUGAUUGAGCGGGCGUUUAGUAACUUUUAUGAGAAAGAAUGGUCGCAUUAAUAUUUAUUUAUCUAUGUAUUUAAAAAUAAUGAAAGUUUGGCAGCUACAGUUCGCAAUUUUCGUACAAAUUAUGGUCGGAAUAAUGAUUUAACUUCAUCAACUGUGAAGAGAUUAAUUAAAAAAUUUAGGGAGACUGGAUCAAUUAGUGAUCUUAAACACUCUGGCCGUCCUUCAACAAGUCGUUCAACACAAAACAUCGAAGCAGUUCGUGAGAGUAUUGUUGAGAGUCCAAGAACAUCAAUUCGGCACCGUGGUCAAGAAUUGGACAUUUCGAGAAGCUCUCUACAGCGUAUUUUCACGAAAGAUUUGCAUCUUCAUGCUUACAAAGUUCAAUUGACUCAAGAACUGAAGCCUACUGACCACGCACAGCGAAGAGAGUUGAAUG